AUGUUUACGUUGAGUUUGUACGAAGUAACGUGUCUCAUAUUAACCGACGCCCCGUUAUUUGAAGUCGAGAAUCUCGAUGUUUGCAGCACUGGUCGCUAUCUCGCUGUCUAUGGCUCACGAGGUAUUAAUAUCGUUGAAUUGCCGCCUAAAUGGGGAAUUAACGGCAGCUAUGAGGGCGGGAAAGCCUCUGUUCUCAGCAGAAAAGAUGAGAUUAAUAAAGCGGUGUAUUGUUUGCUGUGCGAAUGUCGUAGCGAUACUUUACAAUUAAGAGGACUGGAAUCGGGAAUUAAUGCUCCGGAAAUAAUUAAACCCAAUCUCCAGUGUUGGAGCGCACAGACGGCUGAGUCGAUUUUGCAAUACAUAUGA